AUGAACAUUAGCCAGAUUAUUUCCUAUUGGGGCUACCCAGAUGAAGUAUAUGAUAUUGUAACUGAAGAUGGUUACAUCCUUGGCCUUUAUAGAAUUCCUUAUGGGAAGACAAACAAUGACAGAAGUCUAGCUCAGAGGCUUGUUGUAUACUUGCAACAUGGUUUAUUUACAUCUGCCAGCAGCUGGAUUUCAAAUCUUCCCAACAACAGCCUGGGCUUCAUUCUAGCAGAUGCUGGUUAUGACGUAUGGAUGGGGAACAGCAGAGGGACUACCUGGUCCAGGAAACACACGUACCUCAAAACAAAUUCCAAAGAAUUCUGGGCCUUCAGUUUUGAUGAGAUGGCAAAAUACGACCUCCCAGCCUCCAUUGACUUCAUUGUGAAGCACACGGGACAAGAGGAAAUAUUUUAUAUAGGUCAUUCCCAGGGCACCACUAUUGCUUUCAUAACGUUUUCCACAAUACCAAAGAUAGCUGAAAGAAUCAAAAUAUUUUUUGCCUUAGCUCCAGUUUUUUCUAUUAAAUACUCAAAGAGCCCUUUAAUUAAAAGGGCAUACAAAUGGAAGUCAGUGAUAAAGGCUUUUUUUGGCAACAAAGACUUCCUACCUAAUACCUCAUUUAAAAGAUUUGUUGGUUCAAAGCUGUGUACACUGAAGACUAUUGGUAAGAUUUGCCGUGAUAUCUUGUUUAUGAUAUAUGGAUGUGACCUGGAGAACUUAAAUAUGAGUCGUGUGGAUGUGUAUAUGUCACAUAAUCCAGCAGGGACAUCUGUUCAAAAUAUGCUACACUGGAGUCAGCUUUUUAAUUCUAGCCAAUUGAGAGCUUUUGACUGGGGCAGUCCUGUUCUGAACUUGGCUCAUUUUAAUCAGUCCACUUCUCCAUUUUACGAUGUGAGGAACAUGAACGUAUCAACAGCAACUUGGAAUGGGGGCAAUGACUUGUUGGCCGAUCCUGAAGAUGUGAAAAAUCUACUUCCUGAAAUUACAAACCACAUAUACCAUAAAACUGUUUCUUACUACAAUCAUAUAGACUUUUUGUUCGGAUUAGAUGUAUAUCAGCAAGUUUACCAUGAAAUCAUUGACAUUAUCCAAGGCAAUCUAUAA